AUGAUGGAAAGAAUAAGAAAGGAGAUGAUCCUGAUGGAAAGAGGGCUCCACAGCCCGACGGCGGGCAAGCGGCUGGCCAGUCUGUCCGACUCGGCGGGCAACGCGGUGCUGGAGGCCCUGGAGAACUCGCCUCACGGCGGCCGCCUCAGCCCGAGGCUGACUUCCGCCUCCCUGCACGGCGCCCUCGGGGACCUCCCCGGCAAAGGCAAGUUCGAGAUCGACGCUUUGUUCAACCUGCAGCAGCACCCGAGCGGCGAGGGCGCCGCGGCCGCCGAGCUGCCCCCCGCCGAGAGCAGGAAGAAGAUCGGCCAUUACUCAGAAGUGGCGCCGGAGGCAGAGAUGAACAGCGACGUGGAGGUGGGCUGCUCCGCGCUCCGCUCCCCCGGCAGCCUGGCCGCCUCGCAGCUGAAGGAGAACAACAGCAAAGGCUAUUCGGAAAACAGCUCCACGCCCAGCACCACCACCUCGUCGUCGGGUUCGAGUCUCAGCAGCCUGCACAGCGGGAGCGCUUUGGGAAGCUCCGGCUCCAGCGCGGAUCAAGUCCGGAGGUACCGCACGGCCUUCACCCGGGAGCAGAUAGCCCGGCUGGAGAAGGAGUUCUACCGGGAGAACUACGUGUCGCGGCCCCGGCGGUGCGAGCUGGCCGCCGCGCUCAACCUGCCCGAGACCACCAUUAAGGUGUGGUUCCAGAACCGGCGCAUGAAGGACAAGCGGCAGCGGCUGGCCAUGUCGUGGCCCCACCCGGCGGACCCCAGCUUCUACACCUACAUGAUGACCCACGCGGCGGCCACGGGCAGCCUGCCCUACCCCUUCCACUCCCACGUGCCCCUCCACUACUACCCCCACGUCGGGGUUACGGCGGCGGCCGCGGCGGCCGCAGCCACCGGGGCCGCCGCCUCGCCCUUCGCCACCUCCCUGGGCUCGCGCGCCUCCAGCUCGGAUUUCACCUGCAGCGCCGCCGCCGGAGCCGCCGCCGCCGUCUCGCAGCGCUCGGAGAGCGGCUUCCUGCCUUACUCGGCGGCGGUGCUCAGCAAGACCGCCGUGGCCUCCCCGGACCAGCGCGACGAGGCGCCCCUGACUAGAUAA